GUAGACCCGUAUGCAUAUAGAACAACGCAUCAUCUUCUCAUGCACAGUAGGCGUCCUGUUUAGCCCUGCCACCGAAACCCACUGAUCAGUUCUUCACGCGAACAUUCCCUGUCGUGCCGGUACACGUAUUGUAGUUUUUUCCUUUUGUUGUCUGUUACCUAUUGCUAAGACGGUAGGAUUUUAGUCAGAUGUUGUUAGCCGGAGCGAACCAUGGGCGCAGCGGUGCCUCUCUGAGCCACUGUGGAUCUCAGUCGCGCAUUGCUAAUAUAAAACGUUUCACCGUACCUGCGCGAACUGCAUACUUGGCUGGCCGUAGCCGCUGUGCGCAGCUGUGCGUCCGGGCAGAUGCCGCGCAAUCGUCCGCACCUCAAGCUAACGGCAGUGCACCUGGCAAGGUUCUCUGCAUUGGAGAGGCCCUAUUCGACCUUAUCGCCGAUCAGAAGGGCGUCCCGCGCGAGGAGGUGACUUCCUGGACGCCUCACGCGGGCGGCGCGCCCUGCAAUGUCGCCACCGCAUGUGCGCAGCUGGGGCUGGACGUCACCUUCGUGACGGCGCUGGGAGACGACCCGCGCGGGGAGCAGCUGCUGGCGGUGUGCAAGGGUCGCGGUGUGAAGCUGCAUGCGGUUCAGCGACCCGUGGGUCGGCCCACUCGCGACGUGUACGUGAC